GAUACUGAUAUUCAAAAUGCUACAUUGGACGAGAAUGCUAUGGAUGCUGAGAUGGACGAUGGAGAAACGAAUACCGAAGCCAGGGCCGCUACACUACUUGCACCAACUCCUGUCAAGUCGCAAUCUAGUGGUCGAUGGAAAGGUUCAUCUAUGCAACAAAAGAAUAAGCGAUCAAAAGCAAAUCCAAAACGCCGAGGAGAGCACGAAAUGGAGGGUUCUGAGGAUGAGGAGCAGGAGCAGAGGUCGGAUGGGGAAGGAGUGCCGGUGGUAGAAGUAAAUUGGAAAGUCAGGGGUCCCCUACAUGUCGAAUCGUCCUCGAGAACGACAGGGGAUCAUGUCGAAACAGAGGAAGGCCUACAGGAUCAUGAAGACGAAAAUUUCCAACUUCAGCCAGCAGGUCAACUGUUAUGGAUGGGUCGCCAACCUCAAGAAGAGGACGAAGAGAUGGAGCAAGAAGAGAUCAAUAUAGACGUACCACCGGAGUUAAGGGAAGUGCUCGAGCUCUCGCCAUCGAAACCGAGGAGAACAGACGAGGAAGUGCUCGAAGAUCUAUUCUCAGGUAAAGGUGACCGUACAAAGAGAGCAGAGGUGUGGACGGCGGGUGACUUUGACGAGGAUGCGGAUUCAGAGGAAUGGGAUGGGGAUGCCGUCGGUUGGUGGGAGGCGGAACUAUGA